AUGUCGCAUCACGUCUACAGAUUGGUGGUUGUUGGCGUGGGAGGUGUGGGCAAGAGUUGCCUCACCAUCCAGUUCAUCGCAGAUCGAUUCAUCGAAGAGUACGAUCCCACACUAGAGGACAGCUACAGAAAACAAAUUACCAUUGAUGGCAGCGAGUGCAUUCUCGACAUCUUCGACACAGCCGGGCAAGACGACUUCUCGGCCAUCAGGGACCAGUACUACAGGACGGGCGAUGGCUUCCUGUGCGUGUACUCCAUCAUCCUCCGCAGCAGCUACGACGAGGUCAAGAUCUUCCACAGCGCCAUCAAGCGCGUCAAGGACAGCGGCAGCCGGAUACCCUUUGUCCUCGUCGGCAACAAGACGGACUUGGAGGACGAGAGGAAGGUGACGAAGGAGGAGGGCGAGGAGUUGGCCAAGCAGCUCAAUGCGCAGUUCAUGGAGGCCUCGGCGAAGAAGAAGAUCAACGUCGAGGAGAUGUUCAUCACGCUUGUGCGCGAGGUGAUGCAGGCGAGGAAGGAGGCCGGACCGCCGGUCGAGAAGUCCGAUAAGAAGAAAAAGAAGAAGAACUGCAGCCUUGUAUAG